ACUUCAAAAGCUGUCGCCUACCUCCUCCUCUUCUUCUUCUAGUUCUACUCCUUGUAUUUUAUAAACAGAGCAGGAACAACACUGUAGCAGACACAAUCAUCAAUGGAAGGAGGAAACAUAUACGGAGCGAGCAACAGCCUGCGGGCGGUCAGCUCCACCACGAGGAGGAACCGUGCAACGACGAUGGACGUGUUCUCGAGGUCUUCGCGGGACGAGGACGAUGAAGAAGCUCUCACAUGGGCUGCUCUCGAGAAACUCCCCACCUUCGACCGUCUCCGGAAAGGGAUCCUGAUGGCUUCGCACGGCGGGGGUGCCUACGAGGUCGACAUCCAGAACCUGGGUUUUCAUGAGAAGAAGAGAUUGAUGGAGAGGAUAGUGAGGGUCGCUGAAGAGGACAACGAGAAGUUCUUGCUAAAGCUCAGGAACCGCAUUGAUAGAGUUGGAAUUGAUAUUGCCACUAUUGAAGUUAGAUUUGAGCAUUUGAACGUGGAGGCAGACGCCCUGGCAGCAAGCAAAGCUUUGCCAACCUUCAUUAAUAUUUGGACUGAUAUUCUACAGGGCUUCUUGAAUUUUCUGCCUCUACUUCCUAGUAGAAAGAAGCAUGUGACUAUCCUUCAAGACAUCAGUGGGAUCAUCAAACCUGGCAGGAUGACUUUGCUUCUAGGUCCUCCUAGUUCAGGGAAGACUACACUCUUGUUAGCUUUGGCAGGCAAGCUUGAUUCUAAAUUAAAGACCACUGGAAGAGUAACCUACAAUGGACAUGACUUGAAUGAGUUUGUGCCCCAAAGAACCGCCGCUUUCAUUAGUCAACACGAUCUCCACAUAGGAGAAAUGACAGUUAGAGAAACUUUGGCCUUCUCUGCAAGAUGUCAGGGUGUUGGAUCACGAUAUGAUUUGUUGUCCGAGUUGUUGAGAAGAGAGAAAGCAGCAAAUAUAAAACCGGACCUUGAUAUCGAUAUCUUCAUGAAGGCAGCAGCAGCAGAAGGUCAGGAGGCUAAUGUUAUCACUGAUUAUAUUCUUAAGAUUUUAGGUCUGGAAAUAUGUGCUGAUACCAUGGUCGGAGAUGAAAUGUUGAGGGGUAUUUCUGGAGGACAACGGAAGCGUGUGACCACAGGUGAGAUGCUUGUUGGGCCAUCCAAUGCAUUCUUCAUGGAUGAGAUAUCUAAUGGGCUUGACAGCUCAACAACAUCCCAGAUCGUCAACUCCUUGAAACAAUUUGUUCACAUUCUUGAUGGAACGGCAGUUAUCUCUCUCCUUCAGCCAGCUCCGGAGACUUAUGACCUAUUUGAUGAUAUCAUUCUCCUAUCUGAUGGUCAAAUUGUGUACCAGGGCCCAUGUGAACUCGUGCUAGGUUUCUUCGAAUCCAUGGGAUUCAAAUGCCCUGAGAGGAAGGGUGUUGCCGACUUCUUGCAGGAAGUAACAUCAAGAAAGGAUCAGCAUCAAUAUUGGGUACGCAAAGAUGAGCCUUACAGUUUUGUCACGGUUCGCGAAUUUGCGGAGGCAUUCCAGUCAUUUUAUGUGGGAAGAAAACUUGGGGAUGAACUUUCCAUUCCAUUUGACAAGAGCAAGAACCACCCGGCCGCUUUGACUACCAAAAAAUUUGGUGUUGGAAUGAACAAUUUGCUGAAAGCUUGCAUUUCAAGAGAGUUCUUGCUUAUGAAAAGGAACUCCUUUGUCUACAUCUUCAAGAUCACUCUGCUCACCCUUCUCGCGUUUGUUGCGAUGACCCUGUUCUUGCGGACUAAGAUGCAUCGGGAUACCGUAACUGAUGGCGGAAUUUACAUUGGUGCCUUCUUCUUCACCCUCACUAUAAUGAUGUUCAUCGGAAUGGCGGAGAUUUCAAUGACCGUAGCCAAGCUCCCAGUUUUCUACAAGCAAAGAGACCUCCUCUUCUAUCCUACAUGGGCAUAUGCUCUUCCAACCUGGAUUCUAAAGAUCCCUAUCACAUUUGUGGAAGUUGCAGUUUGGGUGUUCAUCACCUACUACGUAAUUGGAUACGACCCAAAUGUUGGAAGGUUGUUCAAGCAGUAUCUUUUGCUUGUGCUCGUUAGCCAGAUGGCCUCUGGAUUAUUUCGAUUGAUCGCGGCACUUGGGAGGAACCAGAUCAUUGCCAGCACAUUCGGGUCGUUUGCUCUGUUCACUCUCUAUGCAUUGGGUGGAUUUGUUCUUUCCCGAGAGGACAUCAAGAAAUGGUGGAUUUGGGGAUACUGGAUAUCUCCUUUAAUGUAUGGGCAGAAUGCAAUAGUCGUUAACGAGCUCUUGGGGUCGAGUUGGGAUAAGAUUCCCCCAAUUUCAAGUUCAAACGAAUCGCUAGGAAUUCAAGUUUUGAAGGCCCGUGGGUUGUUCACCGAAGCAUAUUGGUAUUGGAUAGGAGUUGGGGCAUUGUUUGGGUUCAUCAUCCUCUUUAACUUUGGGUUUGUGGUGGCUCUUGCUCUUCUCAAUUCCUUUGGCAAUUCCCAGACAGCAAAAUCAGAAGAACUUGAGGGCAAUGAUGAUGCUAAUAAAAUGGGAGGAUUAAUUCAGUUGCAAUCUCAAGGCUCUAAUCACAAAAAUGGAUCAGGGAGGUCAUCCAGGUCUAGACGUGCACGGUUUGAGACAGCCAUCGCCGCCAAUGGGAAAAGAGGAAUGGUGCUUUCAUUUGAGCCAUACUCAAUUAGUUUUGAUGAAUUAACUUAUUCAAUUGACAUGCCAAAGGAAAUGAAGAAUCAAGGUGUUCUCGAGGAUAAAUUGGUGCUCUUGCAGGACGUAAGUGGUGCUUUUAGGCCAGGUGUUCUCACAGCCUUGAUGGGCGUCAGCGGUGCUGGCAAAACUACAAUGAUGGAUGUGUUGGCUGGAAGAAAAACCGGAGGAUACAUUAAAGGAGACAUAAAGAUUUCUGGGUAUCCAAAGGACCAAGAUACAUUUGCUCGGAUUUCUGGAUAUUGUGAACAGAAUGACAUCCAUUCACCUCAUCUUACUGUCCACGAGUCGCUACUUUACUCUGCAUGGCUACGUUUACCUCCUGACAUGGACGACCGAACCAGAGAGAUGUUUAUUGAGGAAGUCAUGGAGCUUGUGGAGCUAAAUCCGCUGAGACAAGCCUUGGUCGGUUUGCCUGGUGUGGAUGGUCUCUCCACGGAGCAACGCAAAAGACUGACCAUAGCGAUUGAACUGGUCGCAAAUCCCUCCAUCAUUUUCAUGGACGAACCAACCUCAGGGCUUGAUGCGAGAGCCGCUGCUAUUGUCAUGAGAACAGUUAGAAAUACAGUGGACACGGGGAGAACGGUUGUAUGCACAAUUCACCAGCCAAGCAUUGAUAUAUUUGAAGCUUUCGACGAGCUUUUCUUAAUGAAACGAGGGGGACAAGAGAUAUAUGUCGGUCCUCUAGGUCAUCAGUCUUCUCAUCUAAUAAAGUAUUUUGAGGGAAUCCAAGGAGUUAGACAAAUCAAAGAUGGCCAUAAUCCAGCAACUUGGAUGCUCGAAGUCACAAGCCCAGCACAAGAACUCGCUCUGGGUGUCGAUUUUUCUGAUUUAUACAAAAACUCAGAUUUGUACAGGAGAAACAAGGCUUUGAUUAAAGAGUUGAGCAUACCUCCUCCAAAUUCUAAGGCUCUUUAUUUCCCGACCAAGUAUUCUCAGUCAACUUUCACCCAGUUAAUGGCUUGCUUAUGGAAGCAACACUGGUCUUAUUGGCGGAAUUCGUCAUAUACAGCCGUUCGGUUCCUCUUCACUAUCUUGAUCGCCUUCCUGCUUGGGACAAUGUUCUGGGACCUCGGUUCUAAAUCGUCCCGAGAACAAGACUUGAUCAACGCGAUGGGAUCUAUGUUUUCGUCCGUUCUCUUCCUUGGGGUCCAAAAUGCGUCUUCCGUGCAACCUGUUGUAGCAGUGGAGAGGACGGUUUUCUAUAGAGAGCGAGCUGCAGGGAUGUACUCUGCCCUGCCAUACGCAUUAGCACAGGUUCUGAUUGAAGUCCCCUAUAUUCUUGUGCAAGCUACAUCAUAUGGUAUCAUAGUUUACGCAAUGAUUGGAUUCCAAUGGACCGUUGCAAAAUUUUUCUGGUAUCUAUUCUUUAUGUACUUCACAUUGUUGUAUUUCACCUACUAUGGCAUGAUGACCAUGGGCAUGACCCCAAACCACCACAUUGCCUCCAUCGUCUCUUCUUCAUUCUAUGGCAUAUGGAACCUCUUUUCAGGGUUCAUUGUGCCAAGGACUAGGAUACCUAUCUGGUGGAGAUGGUACUAUUGGGCGUGCCCAGUUUCUUGGAGUUUGUAUGGAUUGGUGGUCUCUCAGUUUGGCGAUUUAAAGAACACGCUCCAGGACACCGGGGGCACAGUGGAAGAAUACGUGAGAGAUUACUUUGGUUUUCGACAUGAUUUUCUGGGCGUGAUCGCUGCUGUGAUCUUAGGAUUCACAGUGCUCUUCGUGUUCAUUUUUGUCAUUUUCAUUAAGGUGCUCAACUUCCAGAAACGGUAG